GUGGGGGGGUAAGAGAGGUCCAGCACCCUCUGUCCUCCCUUGGGGCAGGACAUCUUCUAUCAACUCAAUGCGUUUCAUUUUUUUCAUGCUUGUCUGUGAUUGGCCAAGACACGUCAAAUGACGCUCCAAGGGAGGUUAACCUCCCUUAGCUGGUUACCAAUCAACAACCAGCAGACUACACGAUUGACAGAGGGUUGGUCCAAUGAGGAUGUCCAGAUGUCCUCUUCAGUCUCUACUGCUUACGUGCCUCCGCUCAGAAGACAGAACAGAAUCAUUCCUCAACCAGAAGAGAGGACAUACUGUAGCCAGCGCUGCCAGACGAGAAGGAUGGAGCUCUAAAGACACCACAGAGGGACAGCACAGACUGCAGGGACGCAGAAGGAACAGUCCUCGCGGGACUAAACAUCACACGUCAGAUGGUGAGCACCUCAAGUCUGAAUAAAGUCCCAACAACGCGCACGUGAAUGCAACAAAACACUAAAGCCUGUUUCACUUGAAGAUCAAGCAAGGGCAGAUGGAUGACGCUGAUCCCUCACUCCGGAGGUGUGGAAUGACAGAUGACAGAGGGAUUGAUACGGCGGGAGAGAGAGAGAAAGAGAGAGGCAGCGUCGGAAUGGGUCACUGCCGCCGGUGAUGGAAAACAGCUGCGAAGGUCAGGCACAUCGAUCGGGAGACGAGAAGAAAUCAACUUGAUCACCAACUCUGACCUAAAAGAAGAAACUUGCAACACCUUUCUUGAAUUGAUACUCAUCUAUAAACUAACCAGUGAAGAUCUGGUGACUGGAGCAGACAGCAGCCAUGGAUAUGAGGAAACCAAUGUUCAGCUCUAAAUCAGAAACUCCUAAACUCUCAGUUCCACCAAGAACUGACUGAUGCACCACGAAGCAACGCGGGACGUUCUGGCUCAGCCUACACCUUGAGAACUCGUCGCCAAUGACUUAUUGGCAAGAAAUGGGAGAUUCAAAGCUCAGGGAACAAUCUGAGGCUGUUUGCAGCUAGCGGGACUUUAUUGGAAUACAAUUUAAACUGAAAACCAUUUGUAGCUAGGCCCUCCCAAUCCCCUCUCCCCUCUUCCCUGUCAUUUCCUUUCCCCAAAGUCUCAUCCUCCUUGUUGUUCCCCUCCCCCCAGAACCUUAAUAAUGGUAUUCUGUUGUUAUCAAGAAUCCAUUUUGGAAGACACACUUCAAAGCUCUUAAUAAGUCAUGAUCAAUGCUGACCGCAUCGCUCUCUCCACCUUCUUCUUCCCUCUGCUGGUGAAGAAGGUGAAUUAAAACCAGGGGAACCCUCCCUGUUUCAACGUCCAAUAGGGUAAGGGUCUCUCUUUGGGAUGGGUGGCCCAACGAGGGCUCUUCUUGGCGGGUUCAGCACCACCACUUCUUCCCUGGAGGUUGGAGGUCGGAUGGCUUGGCCAAGCAUAAACCCCCUGGACCUCAACCAAUCCUUGACAUGGGGGAUAGGGUUUGGAGGCAGCAGUGGAGGUGCGGCAGCCAUGAGUGCCGGUCUGGACAAUUUCACCCAGGAGUCUGUCACCAGGGCGGCGUUGAAGGAGAAAAACUGGCCGGCGCUGCUCAUACUCAUCAUCAUCGCGCUGACGAUCGGUGGCAACAUCCUCGUGAUCCUUGCUGUGUCGCUGGAGAAGAAGCUCCAAAACGCCACCAACUUCUUCCUGAGGUCGCUGGCUGUGGCGGACAUGCUCGUAGGCAUCCUGGUCAUGCCGAUCUCCCUCAUUAACAUACUCUAUGACUACGCCUGGCCUCUCCCCAGCGCCCUGUGUCCCAUCUGGAUCUACCUGGACGUGCUGUUCUCCACCGCCUCCAUCAUGCACCUGUGCGCCAUCUCCCUGGAUCGAUACGUCGCCAUCCGCAACCCCAUAGAGCACAGCCGCUUCAACUCCAGAACCAAAGCCAUGAUGAAGAUCGCAGCCGUGUGGACCAUAUCUAUAGGUGUGUCCAUGCCUAUCCCAGUGAUCGGCCUCCACAACGAGGACAAGGUCUUCGUCAACGGCAGCUGUGUCCUCAACGAGGAGCGCUUCAUGCUGAUUGGCUCCUUCGUGGCCUUCUUCAUCCCACUGGUCAUCAUGGUGGUGUCGUACUGCCUCACCAUACAGGUGCUCCAGAGGCAGGCCACUGUCUUCCUGUGCGAGUCAAAGACUUCCUCCCAGCAGCCUUUGCACACACCAGCAAUGACAAAUACGUUGCAGCCUCCACCUAGCACCUUCCACAUCCCUCAGAUCAACACACUUGCUCCUUCAGACUCACAAGAGUUAAAGCCCCCGCCUCCUCAGAGCAGACGGAACACCUUAAGCUGUCUGAAAGGAGCCGAGCCCAGCAUCCUGCUCAGCACCUCCACGCCAGACAGCAUCAGCAUCAUCCCCAGCUCUGAGGUGGCGUCUCAGCUCAGCUCGCCGGCCGCGGGGCCGGGGCGGAGCGACACGUCGGGUUGCCACGGGCGACGGGGGAUGAUGCAGGCCAUAAAGAACGAGAGGCGGGCCUCCAAGGUCCUGGGAAUCGUCUUCUUCCUCUUCCUCAUCAUGUGGUGUCCCUUCUUCAUCACUAACGUCACCUUCGUCCUGUGCCGUGGCUCCUGUAACGAGUCGCUGCUCAAUGACCUCCUCAACGUGUUUGUGUGGGUGGGCUACAUCUCCUCUGGGGUCAACCCCCUGGUCUACACCCUCUUCAAUAAGACCUACAGGAGAGCGUUCUCCAGCUACAUCAGGUGCCGGUACAAGGUGGGGGCCAACGCAGCCGGACAGAGUUGCAAAACCCUCCUGGUCCCCCCGCCGUGCUCGUCGCACGCCGUGACCCCUCUUCUGAUGGGCAGUCACGGGAAAGCAGGCAUGGACCGCAAUAGUAACUGUCGCAAUGGCGGUAGGGGGGACAACGGGAGGCUGACGGUGGACCCAGAGGACAUGACAGACGAUGAGACGCAAAUCGGAAUAGUGUCACAGAGCCUCUCCGAAUGCCACAACGCCGGCAUGCUUUCGGAAACGGAGAUGGAAACGGAGGUGGAGCAGGAGCUGUCGCUCAUCAGCUACAGCCCCACCUCCAGAGAACACACCAGCAGCGUGUGAUCGCCUGCUUUUUGUUGUCUUCUUUUUUUUUUUUUAAACCUGCAGACGCUGGGCCGAGCGACGUUUCGACGAGCUGGUGCUGGAAGCCCUACAGCGAUUCCUGCAGUGGGUACUUUUAUUGUGAAAGGACUAGUCUCGGUUGAGGAGCCUUAUCCCCACACUGAAGUGCACGACUUCCAGCGAUGUGUGAGAGGAAUCAGAUUACAGGAGAAGUUUUGGGAUGAAAGCCAAUAUUUCAAAAGUAUUUGGCGCCAAAAUGUUGGUUUUCAUGCCAUAAAUGUGAGGAUAACUAAGCAGCCACACAGUGUGGUGUACUUCAGGGGGACAAAGUACCAGUCAGUGAAGAGCUCUCAUUGUUAACCAAGCGACCCACCGGAGUCCCACUGAUGCAGGUUACAGAGUCGAGCUCCGACCGCUGAGGUCAAACUACGACUCCCAGCCUUCACACAGAGUCCAAAUGCAGUCCUGGCUCAUGUGGAUUCCCUCCACACCAAGCAAACUAAACCAAAUCUAUUUUUGUGCCGGUCAAGCUUGACAACAACAGUCAUAAAAUAUACAGUAUAUGAAUGAACCUUUCCAGCAUGUAGAAUCAAACCAUUCAGCAGACAAAAAUGGGAUUAGUCUCUAAAGGAAAUUUUCUCAGUCCAAAGUUUGUCUGAGAGGACCAAGAUGAAGGAAUGUACAACGCCCACUGGUCUCCGGUGGACACACAGUGCCAUCUGGUGGUCGCAAGACACAGAGAGGUCACCUCCCUUGGAGUGAACAAGGGGCUAAAAGAGCUAAAGACAUGGCGCAGGCCUUCGGUCCAACACAGCUGUCAGGCUCUUGCUUCUGUUGACCAUUUAGUCCCAACUUCUAAAGGUUUUUACUGACAACAAUCAAUAGAGUUUAAAAUAGAAGGGAGCAAAGUAGAAUUGUUUUAAUAUAAGGGUGCACAAGGUUCCCCAGAUGUCAUUCUUAAAAGGACAAACAUACAGAGAUUUUAUGACAUCAGCCACUAUCAUUAUUCAUCAAUUAGCCUCAUUAAAUAAUAAAAAGCUCACUUUCCAAGAUCUUCCUCAGCUGCGAUCAAAUCACACUCACCUUUUUGUACUGUGGAUUAGCAAUCAUGUUAAUUAGAUAAAUCAAUCUAUCUCACAUCUAAAGAUGCUAAUUCAGCAUUUCUGUGAUUGUUGUCCAACACGUCCAGCCAGCAAUCAGCCGCCUGCUUAAUAUACAUAUCAGAUUACAUAUCACAUCAUCUGUGGGCGUAAAUCUGGUCUGUUGGAGAUCCACAGCAUCAUCUUUCUUGAAUGAACAAGAAGUUUUACGUCAUUUUCUGUUUUCGAAAAUGAAGGAUUUGUAUUCAUGGUCAGCCAUUAGAUCAGCUCUCCAGAAAACCUUCAGACAACAUUGAUUUCUACUAAGACGGUGCAGUGAAACCAGCCAGAGAGGACAGGAAGAACAUGUAUUUAGCAUCAGAGCCCCACUGAUACCUGUGUGCUCUGACGAUGUUCUUCAUAAUAACAAUCAUUUUUAAACGUAAAUUGAUAGUUAAGCUUAGUCAAUAGUUAUUUUACAGUUAACAGACAAUGAAAUGCUAAUUAAUAAUGUUUACAUAUUAUUUGUAAAGCUAUCAUUU